UCACUUCAUUGGUGGAAUCAGGACGUUCUUGUUGCUUCACCGUCUCUGAACGAUGGCUGUUCGACUGUUUGAAGGGAAAGAACAUGCAGCUGCUUACUUUCAGUACCGACCAACACCAGAUGAAUUAAUCCCUGUGAUUAUAGGAUACAUGGAAGAAAAGAAGUCAGAUCGGUUCAACCUUGCAGUGGAUGUGGGUUGUGGUUCUGGACAAGGCACAAGAUUAUUGGCCCCUUACUUUACCAAGGUUGUUGGAACAGAUAUAAGUCCAGCCCAGCUUGAGAUGGCAACGACCAACGACAAUCCUCCAAAUGUCUCGUACAGACAGAGUCCGGCAGAGGAGCUGCUGUUCAGCUCCAAUGAGGUGGACCUGGUGACAGCCAUGACAGCAGCCCACUGGUUCAACCACCAGCGGUUCCUCCAGGAGGCUGAUAGGGUGCUGCGGCCUGGAGGGUGCCUGGCAAUCCUCAGCUACACCAUGGACAUGGAACUGGAGUACGGGGACAUCUCAGACAUGCUCAAUAAAAUCUGUGAAGAGUGUUAUGAAGCCUUGCUUCCUUUCUGGAGUCCCUGUCUUGGAGCGAACACAAUUAAGAUCUACUCAGAAAUGUAUGAUUCCUGCUCCUAUAAUGACAAAGUGUGGAAUGACUGUAUGCGGAUCAGAAGGAUGAUGCCAUUGAAGAAUUUUAUUGGCAUUGUUCAAUCCUUUUCUAUGUAUCAGCUGAUGAAGCAGAAUGACGCCGCUGAGGCUCAGCGUGUCUCCAGUGACCUCACGAACAAGUUGCUGUGUGCCAUGUCGACCUCAUCUCUUGACACAGAGGUCACGGUGGUGAUGAAGUAUAUCUCUUGGAUGGCGUGCAAACCACGAUCUCUGUGAUUGGCUGAAUCCUCUGUGGAGAGUCAUGGGUUACAGAAAUAGAGGCUGAUGCUUUUGAAAACUUCAUAUUUACUUUUCAUUCAUUUUAUGACAUGACAGGGUGAUAAAAAUGUUCCCUCUGGGGAUGACCACUAGAGGGAGCCAUCUAUUUGAAACAGGGGAGUGAAACCAUUAAACUUUUAUUUUACCUUUUAAUUUGACCUUUUUGUCUUUAAAAUCAUAUUGUUGGUUUUGCAGAAUUGCAAAAG